CACAUAUUUUAUUUCAAAGGUGGACUGCUUGUCUUUAAGUACAAUGAUAGAGAUUGCAUAUGUGUAGACUGUAGAAGGCGAACAGUCCGAGACAGUGAAGAUAAUGAAGAGACAACAGUGACUGUCUCAGCAGUCCAGGUGCCCAGGAUAGGCCACAAGAUCAAACUGGUCCUCUCAUGCCAGAAAAGACCGAAGAGCUGAAAUUAUGGAUCGUCUGCUGAGGAAAUGCCGAAUCAAGAGCAGCUUGGUCAGAGAGUGUCUGGCUGAAUUUUUUGGAGUCUAUGUUUUGAUACUCUUUGGCUGUGGCUCAGUUGCCCAGGUGACAACCUCUCAAAACAGUAAAGGCGACUACCUGUCAAUCAACCUCGGAUUUGCGCUUGCCACCACAUUUGGGAUCUAUGUGGCAAAAGGGGUAUCAGGAGCUCACCUGAAUCCUGCGGUUUCCCUCAGCCUGUGUUUUCUGGGCAGGUUUUCCUGGACACGGCUUCCAUUUUAUGUGUGUUCACAGCUCUUAGGAGCAUUUCUGGCUGCAGGGACUGUUGCUCUUCAGUAUUAUGAUGCCAUAAUGCAUUUCAGUGAAGGGCAUCUGACAGUAAGUGGUGCCACUGCCACAGCUGGUAUCUUUGCAACCUACCCAGCAGACUACCUGAGUCUAUGGGGUGGAGUGGUGGACCAGAUAAUUGGCACAGCUGCCCUACUUGUGUGUGUUCUUGCACUGGGUGAUCGCCAUAACACCCCAGCACCUCCUGGUCUGGAGCCUGUCCUGGUAGGAGCAGUUGUCAUGGUGAUUGGCAUCUCAAUGGGAUCUAAUAGUGGAUAUGCCAUCAACCCAGCACGAGACUUUGGGCCGAGACUUUUCUGUUAUAUUGCUGGCUGGGGUGACGAGGUUUUUAGGGCCGGACAUGGAUGGUGGUGGAUACCUCUGGUUGCAACAUGUGCUGGAGCUCUCCUUGGCUCAUUACUUUACGAGCUGCUCAUCGGAGUACAACAUUCAAACUCAGAAACCACUGAUUCGGAGAGCCUGACAACAAGAAUCCAGCAAUCUCUGGAGUUGGAGGGUGUGCAGCCGAACACUGAAACCAUUAAAGAAAACUGCAAGGAUGGGAACAUCUGUACAAUGUGAGGAGGAACGGGACAGAAAAGCUCUCGUCACCUCACUGUUAAACUAGAAUGAAAAUCCUGACAAAUUCAUGUUGCUACCUGAGUUGUUACUAUUUAUAAUGUUAAAAGUUAAUUGUAAUAAUGAUCUUGUUUCUGAAUCAGAAACAUAUUUAAUACAUAGAAUUUUUGAAAAUGAUUGUUGCUGUAUGAACCAGGAGACAUUAAGGUCUUUAAUAUUUGUUUGUGAUGUUUUGUAGUUUUUUUUUAUAAAUAUACAGUGAUGUGAAAAAUGUAUUUGCCCCCUUUCUGAUUUCUUCUGUUUUUGUGUAUUUUUCAUACUAAAUUGUUUUAGAUCUUCAAACAAGAUAUAACAUAAAACAAAGGCAACCUGACUAAACACAAUAUACAGAUUUCAAAUAUAUAAUAUAUAUAUUUAUUUAUUGAUGCAAAAAAGUUAUCCAACACCUAUAUCACCCAUGUGAAAAACCAACUGCCUCUUAAACUUAAUAGCUGGUUGUGCCACCUUUAGCAGCAACAACUGCAAACAAACGCUUCCGAUAACUGGCAUAAUGCUGUGAUAGAA